UAGGCAGAUGGUUGGUAGGUUGGUUGCUAGGGACGCUGCGGUGUGGUGGAGUGAAUGUUAUAACUUGGUUCUCUUGUGACUGUCAGUUGGGCACAUACAGAGAGUGAGUGAAAAUGAGGGUGGAGAAGCCAGUUAUGAGGUAUUUGCCUGCUGACUGGCACCGCAACAAUGAUGCACUCCGCCAGGCCUCUCAUGACACCCGUACCACUUCCCACAAUUUCCGCCACCAGUCACACCACCUUCGGGACCAGACAAGGAACAAAACAUGCUGGGAUUGUGAGGACAAUACUACUCGUCUCCACGACCGUGUGUAUGAGCUACAGCGAGUCACUGAUGAUCUGCAGCGAUCCCUCAAACAGGUGAACGAUGAGAUUUCCAAACUGGAGAAUGCCAAGGAGACAGCUGAAGCUGAGCUGGAGGCACAUGUGUAUCCCCUCAACACUGCCCUCGAGUGUCUCACAAUACGAGAACGACGCAGGGAAGGUGACCUGGUCAAGGAUGAUCCUGAGAUCCAGCUACAGCAGGAGGUGAGGCUAUUGGAGAAGUCACGGGCCAACUUGGAGAAGGUGGUGCUGGAGGCUGUCUCUCACCUCAGGGUUCUACAUGAUGCCAAACAACGACUUCAAGAUGACCUCAAAGAUAAGAGAGCUGCACUACAGGUUGACGGAACACAGACAGCCCUCACCGUGUACUCCCCACAGAUAUCCUUCAAGCCUGACCCCUUACGAGUCCCUAAAGGGACCAUCCUGCCUGCUGAUUGGCUGGACCACUCACUGAAGAACAUGGCAGUGACAGAGGCAGCCAUCCGGGACUCCCAGACCCUGCGAGACAAUAUGUGUGUUACUAUACAGACAGUGCGACGUGAGGAUGAGGCACAACAGACGGCAACAGACUACUCAGUUCGUCGUCGUCUGCAUCAGGAGACUCGUGCUAGAGAUGAACUGCAGUGGCAGAAGGACUGUCUCUUGGAGGAGAUACGUGCACAGGAGAAAGAAAUCUUAGACCUGGAGGAGCAGCUGCGAGCAUCAUCGUUACCCUUGAAGGUGGCUCAAACACGGCUUGAGGGACGGACGCAGCGGGUGAGGAAUGACCUGGUGAGAGAUGCCCCACAAGAUGGUCUCAUGGCUGAGGUACAGCAUCUGACAGAGACUCGCAGGCUCUUACGUGAUAGCCUGGCCCGUGCCCUAGAUACACUUCAUGCCCUACAGCGCCACUUACGUACAGUAGAUGUGGACUUGGGCCGCAAGAGCCUCUCCGUCACCCUGGAGAAGAAGGUGCAAGGCUCACGUCAGGCCCUCAAGGAUCGCAAACCAUCUGAGACGCUCACACACACUAACCUCACUCUCACAGGCUCUCUCAGGGCACACCCAACACAUAUACUCUAAGUGGAGAGAGAGAAUGGUCUUAAGUCUCCCAGUUCAGCCAAAAUUAUCCAGAUAUUUUAGCUGGAAUAAUAAUGAAAGAAAAACAUCCAAAUUUUCAAGGAAUCCUGCCUAUGACUGUAUAAGACAAAGAGAGAAUUGGAUCUUACAAUUUCAAGCUACAAGUACAGUACUCUCUUUGAUUUUUCUCCUACUAGCAAGCAACUUCACUUUGAUACCUCCAAGAAGUAAUUUUUGUUGAACAGAAUCUGAACUAGGCCACUUUUAUCCAGCACGGCACAAUUUGUUGGGGCAUCUUUAUUAUAGGAUUCUGUUCUCUUUAUUUUGUUUGAGUCAUUUAAUGUUCUCCACUUACUCUUUGUCUCUUUCUUACUCUUCCUCUUUGUACCAACACAGAGUUUAUUGUGUCAGGUAAUGAGAUAGGGAAGAGAAAGUCUAGGUUGUGUGGUGUAUGGAUAAUGAAAAUAAUUGCAUUACUGUAUGCAUAAUACUGUAGGUGAUAGGGAAGAAAGUGUUUUGGCACUGGAAGGAGUUUAGAACUUAUCCAGUUUAGCACUUACAUUUGGAACAUUCAACAAAAUGGGUUCACUCAGUAACAUUUCAUAAUACUAUAUUCUGCACAAAUUUAAUUGGUUAAAUAGAUUAGAUGUAUGUCAUUGGAUGUUUUAUGUAGUUGGCAAUUGUGGUCGCUUACAUACAGGGUAUUUUAAUUUUACCCCAAAUGCAGGUCACUAUUUUUUGUUUUGUGUUUGUUGAUUAUUCAUAGUUGAAGAUAUUUUACAACUUAAUACUGUUGUAUACUGUUUUAUAAAUUUUCCUUGAUUGUC